GAGAACAACCAAACAGCGUCUGCCAUGUUGUGGCCCUACCUUUCCCCGGUCAGGGUCACAUAAACCCCUUGAUGAACCUCUGCAACUUACUAGCUUCAGUGAAGAGUGAUAUCCUUAUCACCUUUGUCAUCACAGAAGAGUGGCUCAGCUUCAUUGGCUCUGAAGCAAAGAUGGACAACAUCCGCUUUGCAACAAUCCCCAAUGUUAUUCCAUCGGAGAAGGGCCGUGCUGACAACAUGGAUGCCUUCUUUGAAGCCAUCAUGACCAAAAUGGAAUGCCCAUUUAAGCAACUCCUGGAUGAGCUCGAGUCACCCCCUACCGUGAUAGUGGUCGACACGUUCUUGAGUUGGGCAGUUAGUGUCGGAAACCGAAGAAAUAUCCGAACAGCAUUGUUUUGGCCAAUGUCUGCAACACAAUUCACUACCAUCCAAUAUUUUCAUCUCUUCGUUGAAAAUGGGCACUUUCCAGUUGAUUUGUCAGAAAAGGGCAAUGAACGCGUGGACUACAUCCCAGGGGUUUCUUCAACACGAUUUGUGGAUUUUAUGAUGAAUGGAAGUAAUAAUCCACCUCUUCUAGGUCAUAUCCUGAAGAGCUUCUCUUGGGUGCCCAAAGCACAUUAUUUCAUAGUCACUUCCAUCUAUGAACUUGAAACCCGAGUCAUUGAUGUUUUAAGAUCAGAACUCUCACUACCUAUCUACACAAUUGGCCCAUUAAUACCCUCCUUCAAACCUAUUAGUCCUACCGGUACUAACCAUUUACAAUGGCUAGAUUCCCAACCUUGCAGCUCAGUUUUGUAUAUCUCCACGGGAAGCUUUCUUUCAUUUUCUAGAGCCCAAAUGGAUGAGAUUGUAGCUGGUUUGAACAAGAGUGGCGUUCGAUUCUUUUGGGUGGCUCGCGGCGAAACAAAUAGGUUACAACAGGUCUGUGGUGAUAUGGGGUUCGUUGUACCCUGGUGUGACCAAUUGAGGGUGUUGGGCCAUUCUUCUGUUGGUGGAUUUUGGACACAUUGUGGGUGGAACUCGGUUAGGGAAGCUAUUUUUGCUGGUGUUCCGUUGCUUACAUUUCCUAUAGGAUUUGAUCAGGGCUUGAAUAGUAAGUUGGUUGUGGAGGACUGGAAGAUUGGCUGGAGAGUGAAGAGUACUGAGGCGAAAAUUGAUCAUUUGGUGACGAGUGAUGAAAUCGCAAGUUUGGUGAAGAAAAUCAUGAAUUUGGGGGAUGAUGAAGGGAAAGAAAUGAGGAGGAGAAUAACUGAACUUCAACAGAUAUUGCAGGGUGCCAUCAAAGAAGGCGGUUCCUCUCAAACAAACAUCAAUGCUUUCAUUCGAGGCAUUUUGCAAGACCAAGAGGAUUAAGCGAAUCACAUAAUAUCUUUUCAGGGCCCAAUAUAUAUUCUUGGAAGUUCUGAUGCUCUUCAUUUGAUAAAGAAGACUGAAGAAGCAUGCCAUUUACUAUUGACUUUGUUAAGGUGUCCUUGUGUAGUGUAUCUGUGUAUGGCAUGCCUCCUAGAAGUUUUUCAAUACUUCCUUUUGUUUAGGAUGGACUUAGAGGUUUCAUUG